AUGAAUUUUCACAUCUCAAUCAUUGUUGCUGCCCCAACGCUGUCUUCUACUGGCACACCGACACGCUUACUGUCCGCGUCUGUGCAGUUUGCGAUAUCCCAGUCGGAGCAGAGAUCACAGUCGAAUACUGCCCCGUUCUUGACUCUGCCGCCCAGCGAGCUCAGAGUCUCGCUCCCUAUGAUAUUUCCUCAUGUGCUUGCAGCCCUUCCUGCAAAGAGCUGCAACGAUGGUAAGGACGAAGACAAGAUGCUUUACUGUGUGUACGUCGCUGUGGGCCAGAAACGUUCGACUGUUGCUCAGCUUGUCAAGACUCUCGAGGAGAAUGACGCCAUGAAAUACACAACCAUUGCUACAGCAACCGCCUCGGAAGCUGCUCCUCUGCAUGUGCGAUGGGUGAAUGGUUCCGUGAUAAUGGCAAACACGGUGCGUUCAACGGCGAAUUAUGCGGUUUUGGGCUCAAGUUCUUUGCUCCCGGUCGAUCCACCACACAAAGCGUAUGUCGCUUUGCUGAGCAUUCCUCAGAAAGCUUAG